UGUAAAAUGUAACAUCUUAGACAUUUGACCACCAAUUAUUCUCCAAGAAAUAUAACAAUGCAUUCCUAUAUUGUGCUUAUUUUCUGACAAUUAUAUGGUGAAUUAAAUGGAUGAUAAGACGAAAGUUGAAUUGUCUCAUGUUUUUAUUUUUGAGUGUGUAAGCGUUGAUGUCUCAUGGAAAAAAUGAGUAAAAAUUGUGACAAGAAAUUUUAUGAUACAUAAUGUCACUCUACCCUAAAUAUUAGACAAGGCAUAUGGCUCACAUUCAUGGAAAUUAUGAAGCACACUUAUACCAACAUCACAUCGCUAAACAUACUCUUUGAAUGUGACAGACUUCAUGCAGAACCCCAUUGAAAAACUUAGACCACGACGUUACACGCAAAGUCCGCCAAAUUGUUUUUUGUAACGUUGUUAUUACUCACCAGAAUAACAAAAAUUUGAACACAUUUUAGACAAAUUGCUCUGGAAUAUAACUUACAAACAUUGGUUAAUAUGAUAUGAAAAACUAAGGGUCCGUGCGAGUUCAUAAAAUAAAACAAUUUGCCAAAAUUAUCGGGAGAGUACGCUCGAAGUCCGUGGCUAUUUUGUAACGUCGUAUUUGAAAUCGCGACGAUGAGGACAUGGAAAUGCGGACUAGCUUCAUUUGUGUGUGCUGAAGUUAUCGGCAAACAAUUUAUUUAGGCAUGAAGAGCGUUCAAAGUAGUCUGCCAACUCAGCUUUUCAGCGGCGAGCCCGUAUUCUGUUGCUGUCCUAAGUAACGCCGUAAUAAUUUUCCUCGCAUUUUCGCUGUUAAUUCCCAGAAACUGGUGAGUGUAUUGCUGAUUUUUUUGUCUUUAUACUACAGGACUAACGUCAAUUUGUUUUUGAAUUAUUUGAUGAGUUAUUUUGAAAGUUAUUGCACCGAAAUAUGGUCAAAUAUCAUUUGUGUUGUCCCACAUAUAGAUUUUUUUGUUGGAAAAAUACAAGCCAACUGGAAAUGACGUUUCCCAUUCCCAAGGCGAAACAUAAUAUUUUGGUAAAGUUAUCAUUAUUUCCAAUAUCCCGAGAGUUGCAAAAUGUGUAUAUUUAAGAAUUGAAAUGCUCAUAGAAGCGAGAUUUUUUAAAGGAAAUGUUUCAAAUUUGAGACAGUUUGGGGUCAGGCCCUAGGCCAAAUUUUUUUUUUUUUUUUUUUUUUUUUUUUUUUUUUUUUUUUUUUUUUUUUUAACUUCUCAAUCUCAUCUCGUGUGUAGUUUGAAGCAGUAAUUAGCCUAGACCGGUAUUUUCAACCUUAAAAUUAAAUGAGUAGGCCUAAAUGAAAUGUCAAAUUACAAUAUUAAUAAUCAACUCGAAGUAGACUGAAGAAAACUGAAAAAAACUUACAUCCUGCAUGUUCAGAUCGUUAGUAAUGCUCCCUAGUGUGGAACCAAUCCUGUUGUUAGUCAUAAAUAUGUCAUGUGUAAUCUCAUAUUUUGUGUUAAUUUUUUUCAGUCUGGAUGCUUGAAAACAAUGGCUCCUGUGCGACGGCCUUUAAGGAUCUUGUUGGGAACAGAGAAGAAAAUUGAAAAACCAUCGCCUAGCCCUAGACAAGAUGUAAGAAGAUCACUAAGAGCAAAUGGAAAGAAACCUGAUGAUUCCAUAGAUACAGAACCAUCAACAUCCAAACAAGGUGACAACUGGAGAACAAGAAUGAAGAAAAACAACCCAAAGAAAUAUGAAGAAAGGAAAGCGCAAGAUUGCCUGUACUCAAAGCUGAGGAAUGCAUCCUUGAAUGAUGAUGAGAAGGAAAGACGGCGGGUGCUUACAAGAGAGAGAGUCAAGCGAUUCCGACAGAAAAAGAAAGAAAAAGAGGAAGGAGAGAAGGGGAAAUCAAAACAGACAAAAUCCAAGAAAGGAAAGAAGCAAGAGGAAGAGAAAAUCACUGAGCAAAGGAGAAAAUGGGCUGGGGAAAAAAGGAAGCAAAGAGAGCUUUGGUCAACAUCAAAGAGAGAAGAAGUUAACCUGAGAGCACGGAUGAAGAGAAGUCAUGACAAAGAGGAACUUCAGCAGCAGAGAAAAGAAAAGAUUCAAAGGGAAAAGAAACAGAUGAUGCUGAAAAUAGCUGCAAAGCAAGAAGAAGAAAGAAGAAAAAAAGUAGAGGAAGAUGAGAAAGCUCUUGAGCAGCAAGAGCAACAGCUAGCACUUGAUAAAUCCUGCACGCCAGUUGAUGACACGCCACGCUCAAAAGAGGCAAGGAGAAAGUCCCUUUCAAGAGCCAGGUCAACCAUCUCCAUAAGUCCAAAGAUAUUUGCAGCAACCAUUGAAGAUCUCAUUGAGUAUGCAACUCCUAGGAAAAAAAAGGCCCUUGAACACUGCGGCCUUCGUGCAUCGGGAAGUAAAGAACAUAAUUCCUUAAACACAAAAUUGGCUGAGAAUGUGGCUGCAAGUCUAAAAGAUAACAAGCAAAAAAGAGAUAAAUGUUCACGGACCUCAAGACGUAGUGUUGCAUCAACAUUGUUCAAGGUAAAACUACCCAAGAAACAAGUGAAGACUUGCGCACAAUUUUCGACAACGCCGAAAUAUCUUAAGGCUUUAAGUAAAAGUGAUCUCGAGGAGGACAAAUAUCGCAACCCGUUUGCUAUCAAACAAGAUGUCAAGAAAAGUGUGCGGGAAUUCUAUGAGACUAAUUCCCUUCAACUACCCAACAAGAAGGAUAUUAGCAAGAAGACUUUCCAAAAAACAUCAGUGCUGCAGAUGCCCAUAAAUGAAAUAUACAACAAAUUCAAGUCUGCAAAUCCUGAUGUCAAAAUAGGAAUAUCAUCAUUCAAAAUGCUCAGACCACAACACGUCAAAUUAAUGAGUACAAGGAAAAUGGCAGCUUGCUUGUGCGAGUAUUGUACAAACCUGGAAUUGAAGCUCAGCGUUCUAAAUAAAAUCAAUAAAGCUGAACCAAUCAAAAACAUGUAUGAACUGAAUAAGCUGACAUUAUGCAAGAGACCCACUGACGUGAAAUACGAUGCACCCAAGUGCUACAGAAGAGAAUGUAGUGAAUGUGGUGUCCAGCUUUUGAAGAACCAUCUCCAGCCUCUGGAAGCCAUGCUUGAGAAGACACUGGAAUGGACAAGAUGGGAAAUGGUACAAUCAUCUACUGGUGAUAAGAGGAUGCAACUAGUCACCAAGAAGGGAACUGUGGGAGAAUUGGUGGAAGAAAUCCUGAAGGAAGCUCACCCACAUGCUCGCCAUCUACAUAACUGGUGGUGGCAGCAUCACCAGUACAUGAAGCUAACCAAAGACCCGCCUCCAGAAUCUGUUGUUGCCGUGCUUGACUUUGCGGAAAACUAUUCCUGCUUAUCCCAGAAUGAAGUACAAGCUGCUCACUGGUGGCAUAACCAAGCGACAGUCCACCCCAUCGUUGCCAACUACAGAUGCCCCUGCCAUGACAGAGUAAUCACGCACUCAAUGGUCUAUAUAACAGACGACAAGAAGCAUGAUCACCAUGCAGUCCAAGCCUUCUUUAUGCACAGCUUAGAAAACCUAACUGUUAACCAUGGCAUAAACAUUGGGAAAAUGUACCGCUUCAGUGAUGGAUGUGCCUCGCAAUACAAAUCCAAGGGGCCCUUUCUGGAUGUAGCAAAUUGUCACAUCCCCACAGAGCACCACUUCUUUGGAUCCAGACACGGAAAGGGUCCAUCAGAUGGGGAGUCUGCAGUGGUCAAGCAACAUGCCACUGUGGCGGUGAAAAAUGGCACUGCUGUCAUCCCAACAGCUGAGGCGCUCUUCCAGUAUCUGAAAGAAGCAGUCACAAAGGGAGAGCAAGAAUGUGUCCCUUUUCGAAGGGAAAUAUUCUAUAUAACAAAGGACAAAAUCCAAAGAGAGAGACCUGUCCCCAAGAAGGCCGUGAAGGGCACACGGCUGCUCCACUGCCUUAAAAGCUCAGGCAUCGACUCACCAACCAUCAGUUGGAAGUUCCUGUCGUGUUUCUGCAGUGCAUGUCUUUCAACUGGACUCUGCCAAAACGUGGAUCACACUGGUUCCUGGAAGAGUGUGAAACUGGAAAUUCAAGGAGGGAAGACCAUGACAGAUCUCGAUGUUCAUCCAAGGCCAGGUUUCGAGGAAGAGACUUCUACACAAGCAUCCGAUGAUGAGACGGAACAAAUUGAUGAAGAGACAAUGACAGCUCAAGAUGCCCAUCAAGGGCCAACUUUCCAGGACUUUGUCACUGUGCAACUGGCUGUAGAGGGAAAGAAGAAAGCAUCUGACCAAUUUUUUGUUGCACAGGUAGUGACUGUGGAAGGCAACAACCUCCGACUGCAGUACAUGAAGCAGCAAGGAAGAUUAUACACUUGGCCAGCAGGAGAACCGCAGUAUUUCCUUCACCCUCUCAGUGAUAUUGUCCGAACAUUGCCAUCUCCAGAACCAGUGAUGAUGGGAUCAAGAGUCUUUUUUAAAUUCCCCUAGGACACAAAACAGUACAAUAUUUUAGAACCAAACAUUCAUUGAACUCUAUGCAGAUUUAUGCAUUAUAUUUCAUGUCUUUCAUCUAGACCAAAAUAGUUGUGCAUCUCAUGAAAACAACUCAGCACUUUGCAUUAACUUUGCAAUUUAGUGUGUGAAAAUUACUGCUGUUUAACUUAAAUAUAUGUGUGAUAAAGAAUAGAUUUACCAAGAUUUACAUAACCUUGUAUGUUGCUUGUCAUCAUUCUAUGCAAACUGUGUGCUACUUCAUACCAAGUUCAGUAUAUAAUUCACUGUACAUUAUGUAAUGAUAUAUGCAAUUUGUAAAUGCAAUACUCACCUGAAGUGAAUGCACUACUCACCUUUAACAUACCGAUUGUGUCUACACUUUACUGUACUGCACAUAUUUGGAGAAAUAAUGUUUCAGAAAGAUUUUGUUGUAAAUACCAUUCGUUCAUGGAGCAUAUCAAGUUCAUUGUAUUAUGUCAUCAUAAGAUUGAACAAAGAGGGCUAAAAGAAUAUUGGAAAUUAUUUUGCAGAUCUUGGCUGACUUUUCUAAAUGAUCCUGACUUAAUAUUGCCAGUAAAGCUUUGAAAAACGAGUUCCGUAUUACCAGGGAGCAAUUAUUACCAUAAAUGCACUAAGUUACAGGGACAUGAAGUCCAUGUAACGUAGUUAAUAAGAUAUCUAUGUCAAUGAAUAAAAUGUGUGCGAUGUUUUUUUUUCUUUCAUUAUUAUUUUGUAAAAAAACAUGUUUCAAUGGGUCUGUAAAAUGUAAGAUAGUUAAUACAUGUAUUCAAAGAAAUUUUUUUUUUACCACAGAAAUGAUAGCAUUAUAUCUAAGAGCUGAUUCAUAUUCAAGUAUUUCAUUCAUCAGUGAUUAUUUUUUACCAGUAAGAUUAUGUUGUUUUCAUCUUUUGAGGGUAAUUAUUGUUUACUCAUAUAAUCAAAGUAAUUUUCAAGCAAAAAAACAAGUAAAAGCUUUGAAAACAAUGAGUUCUGUAACCAGAGAGCAAUUAUUGCCUUAAUUGCACUACGUUACAGGGACGUGAAGUCCAUGUAACGUAGUUAAUAAGAUAUAUUGUCAAUGAAUAAUAUGUGUGCUAUGUUUCUGUUUCUUUCAUUAUUAUUUUGUAAAACAAAACAUGUUUCAGUUGGUCUGUAAAAUGUAAGAUAGUUAAUACAUGUAUUCAAAGAAAAUCUUUUUUUACCACAGAAAAGGUAGCAUUUUAUCUAAGAUGCUGAUUAAUAUUUAAGUAUUUCAUUCGUCAGUGAUUAUUUUUUACCAGUAAGAUUAUGUUGUUUUCAUCUUUUGAGUGUAAUUAUUGUUUACUCAUAUAAUCAAAGUAAUUUUCAAGCAAAAAACAAGUAAAAGCUUUGAAAACAAUGAGUUCUGUAACCAGAGAGCAAUUAAUUGCCUUAAUUGCACUACGUUACAGGGACGUGAAGUCCAUGUAACAUAGUUAACAAUAACAUCUAUUGUCAAUGAGUAAAAUGUGUGCUACAUUUUGUUUUUCUUUCAUUUUUGGGGGGAAUAAUAUGAUUCAGUGGGUCUAUAAGAUGUAAGCUGGUUACUAUUUACAAAAGAUUUUCAUACCACAGAAAAGAUACAAUAUAUACUUAUGAUACUGAUUCACGUUCAAGUAUUCCAUUCAUCAACGAUUACCUUAUUUUACCAUUAUGAUUAUGUUGUUUUCAUAUUUUGAAUGUAACUAUUGUUUGCUCACAUAACCCUAGUAAGUUGGAGAAAAAAAAAUUGGAAAAAAUCCAUGUUUUAUAACCUUACAGUUGAAAAUAAAAUAGUUAUUAG